ACUAUUCCUUCCCGUCAAAGUGGGUUGAAGUUCUAUUGCUAAGGCCACGCCGUUAGUGUAAUUAUAAUUAACAAAUUUGGUGAUUUUUUUCAUGUUUAACUUGUUUUUAACGCACAUAUAUGUUAAAUAUAAUUUCUCAUACAACAAUUUAUAUUGAAGUGUAUUUAAUAUCCAAGUAAAAGAUUAAAAAACAGAAAUCGAAAUGCCAGCAGCGUUUGAGGUAAAAUCAAGUUGGGCUGAUGAGGUUGAAGAAGAAGGUGGAAGUUUACCUCCUCCAACUGAAGUUCAUGAAAAUGGAUUUAAAAUUCUCACUGAAUACAAAUUUAAUGAUGAUAAUAAAAAAGUUAAAGUUGUAAGAACUUAUAAAAUAGAGAAACGUAUUGUUUCAAAAACCAUAGCCGUUCGUAAAAAUUGGGAUAAAUUUGGUGAUUCAACUGACGAUAGGCCAGGACCAAAUCCAGCGACAACUGUUAUUGCUGAAGAUGUAUUUAUUCAAUUUAUUUCGAGCAAAGAAGAAGAUAAUAAAGUUGAAGAAGAUUCACUUGAUAAAUUAAAGAAUAUGGGUGAUAAAGGAGUGGUGAAAUGUCGUAAUUGUAAUGGUGAUCAUUGGACAUCAAAAUGUCCCUACAAGGACACUGUUCUUGGCAGUGGUAAAAUACCAGAUGAUAAAAAGCCUUUAAUGAAUCCCGCGACUACUGCUGCAAAUGCUGCAGCGGCAAUGGCAGAUAUUGGCAAGCCACAAGGUAGUAAAUACGUUCCUCCAAGCAUGCGUGAUGGAGGUAAUAAACGCGGUGAUUCAAUGCAAAUGCAACGUCGAGAUGACACGACUGCAAUUCGAAUUUCAAAUUUGUCUGAAAGCACAACUGAUGUCGAUUUAGAGGACCUUGUCAAACCAUUUGGAGCUAUUCAAAAACUUUAUCUCGCUAAGGAAAAACCAAGUAAUGUCUGCAAAGGAUUCGCUUAUGUUCACUUUAAAUAUAGAGCCGAGGCAGCUAAAGCAAUUUCUCUGUUAAACGGUUAUGGAUAUGAUCAUCUUAUAUUGAAUGUAGAUUGGUCUAAGCCACCAGCUCAAAAUAAUUAAAUUCCAAGUUGAGUAAAAUCAACAAAAAAAAAUCAAUAUUUUGACGAAAAAAAACAUUUUUUAAACUGAAUAAUUAAAAUUUCUUGAAUCAUUUAUCAUUAAAUCAUUUCAUUGUUUUGUAAUAUAAGUUUUCUUAUGAAACUUAUAUUUUUCAUAUUAUUGUAUUAAACUGAUUUAUAUAUAUCGGAGAGAUUAAUUGGAAAUAUAACAAAAUCUGAAAUAAUUUUACUUAAAUAUAAUCCUUAAAAAAACAUUUUGAUUAAAAUAUUUUUCAAAUCAAUAUUUUAGAAAAAAUUUAUUACAAUAAAAAUUAUUAAAUACAGCAACUGUACAGAA